GAGUAAUUUUUAUUUUCCAGCACAAGGUUGAGUUGAGGGCACUCACUCUACCUUGCGAGAAGAGUUUGUGCUUGCUACAAUACAGUUACCCACACACACACACACACCUUCUCUUCUUUCUGCAUUCCCAAUUUCAUUUUCCUUUCAGUGAUUCAAUGGAAGCAGAAGUAGUGGGCACAGAUACUCCGGAUAAACUUGCCGGGUUUAUUUUCAUGUGCAAUAGAAUGACAAAACCAGAGUGCUUUAGCUACCGGGUUUUUGCGCUUCCUGCAGGGAGAAAGCAUAUUGUGGAGAGGAUCAAUCCCGGCAUGCACCUUUUUCUGUUUGACACUGAUGUGAAGCUUCUUUAUGGUAUAUAUUUAGCAACCUCAACCGGAAUGCUUAAUAUUGAACCAUAUGCUUUUGGGGGAAGGUUCCCUGCUCAGGUGAGUUUCAAAAUUCUAAAAGACUGUUUGCCCUUGCCAGAGAAUGACUUUAAACAUGCUAUAAAAGAUAAUUAUCAGAAACACUACAAAUUUAAUCCUGAACUCAAUAUCAGACAGGUAACAAGUCUAUUAGAAAUGUUUCGCCCUUUACAUGUACUGUCAACUGCACCUAGACAUCUUGGUUUGAACGAAAUGCACUCAGCCUCAAUGUUGCCCCCAACAAAUGACGUUUUUCAUCAGACAUCAAGGGCAUCUCUCUAUGAGGAUACAUUUUUGUCUAGGAUGUCACCUACCGAAGCUCCUAGGCUGGUGAACUAUAGACAUCUAAAUCGACCUGAGGAGCUUACUGGUUUGGCUUCUUCAGUUGCUGCUCAGUCUGUGCCAUCCCAAGCUUCAAGGAAUCAGGUUCAUGCACUAGCAAAUACUGAUACUCUAGAGGGCACUUAUGCAACCAGGAUGGUCAACAGUUAUACUCAAUCACUGCCAUAUCCUCAAUACGCACAUGGGAAUAUCCUUAACCAUGCUCAGUCAAUUCAAAAUUCUCAGCAUUCACAACCUGAAUUUCAUUCUUCCAUGAUGACUAUGGGUGGAAGCCAUCCUCAAUCUCUGCAACAUUCUCAACAUCAACAUCUAAAUGUCUUACAUCCACAGCCUCAAUUUCAUGCUUCCGCAAUGACUGCGGGUAGUAUUUAUAGUCAUGAUCAAUCACUGCAAUAUUCUCAACAAGCACAUCUUAAUGUCUCACAUCCACCACCUGAAUUUCAUACUACUAUGAUGUCGAAUAGCAGUUAUACCCAAUCACUGCAAGUUCCUCAGCAUUCUCAACAGAAUAACCUAAACCCACCACCACCUGGUGUUCAUCCUCCUGUGGAAAAUGUGAGCAGAAAUCAUGCCCAAAUGCUGUUGGAUCCUCAGAGUACUCAUCAGAAAAUCCAAAACCCGCAACCUGGUUAUUAUCCCUCUGCAGCAAAUGCAAGUGGCAGUAAUGCUCCAUCAUUAAAAGAUGCUCAACACGCAUAUCAGGUUGCCCAAAAUGUACAAAAAUAUUACAGUUCCUUGGUGAAUAUGAACCAUAACAAUGUCGCAAUGCAAUCACAUGCUUCAUCAUCAUUUUAUUAUCCAUAUGUCACUCAACAAGUUUUACCUGGCACAUAUGCUGUUCAAGGGUCUGGACCCAUACAAGAGGUGACAUCCACUGGUCAACAAGCUGCAAUAGGAAGUGAGUACUAUCAGCCAUAUAUGCCGACAUAAUAAGACCACUUCAACACCAUAGACAAAUUUACAUUCUCUGUACCGAACCACUUCUUGUCCAAAUUUUGAGUCUUGUAAUGAAAUGCAAUUUGCAUGUUCCAUUUUCUGCCAUAUGUACAUAAACAAGUGGCACAUGAACCUAUUGCUCAACUAUACUGAUGUGGGGUAGGUGACUUACGUUUUUUUUGUUAAUUUGUCAGCUAGUUAGAGGGGAUAAUGGCUUUCAGUGUUUGAUAUAACAGGAAACUUGUAUUCAACCAAAUUUCCAGCGAAAUUAAGAUUUUUGGCUUGCUGCCAUUGACUGGUUAUUGGUCC